AUGAAUGGUUGCAGUUGCACCAAUACUUAUAUUCAAUUGGGAUCUUGCUCCAAUGUUGAUGGAGAGUCAGAAGCUAUUGAGCAUGGAGCAGGUUAUUCAGAUUUAUUGGCUAGUUUGACUGCUGAAAAAAAUUUAGUUGUGAAAGCUGAAGCAGUCAUAAGCUUCCCUACCAAGUAUGUCUGGGACCUGCACAGACCCUCUCCUUUCGGUGGCCGGAGGUCCAUUGGCUUUCAGGCAUCUGCCAGCCCCAUAGAUGUAGCCAAACACACUGUCAUUUCAUCUAUAACUUCCAUUGUCGUCCCUGUCUCGAAAAAAACUAGGGCUUGCCAGAACGUUAGUUGGCGUGAGCUAUAUCCCUUUUCCAGAGUUGUCACGCUACCUCCGAGCAGAUCAGAUCACUGUCCUCUCCUCAUUGAAGUGAACCCAGAACCAGGUCCCCUUUCUAAGGCUCCAAGGCGGUUUCGAUUCGAAGAGAUGUGGUUGCAGCACACUGACUGCAUUAAUGUGAUCGAACAAGGAUGGAUGCUUCCAGUAACCGGUGAUUUUAUGGGGCAGUGGACCUCUCAACCUAAUGAGGUGGCUGACAUCCUCGUCAACUAUUAUGAGAACAUCUUUCGAUCGGAGCAAGUUGACAAUGAUGCCUUGGGUCUCAUUUUAGACUCCUUGCUACCCAAAGUUACUGAAGCAAUGAAUAAUGAUCUCUUAGCUCCUUAUACAGAUUCUGAAAUCAAGAAGGCCUUGUUUCAAAUGCAUCCAUCAAAAUCUCCUGGACCUGAUGGUAUGUCUCCUUGUUUUUUUCAGAAGUUCUGGGAUGUUGUUGGACAUGAUGUUUGUAUGGCUGUUAGGAAUGUGCUUCUUACAGGCCAGGUUUCACGGGAGUCCAACUUUACUCACUUGGCUCUUAUCCCGAAAGUUAAAGAGCCAAAGUUACCUUCUGAUUUACGACCUAUUGCGUUAUGCAAUGUUGUUUAUAAGAUUGCCUCAAAGGUCUUAGCUAAUAGGUUAAAAAGCAUCCUACCUCAGAUUGUUUCUCCACUACAGAGUGCCUUUGUUCCUGGGAGACUCAUUUCAGAUAAUACCUUAGUGGCUACAGAGGUAGCACACUUUAUGAAGAAGCUUAGAUGCCAGUCGGAUGGUUUCUUCUCUCUGAAGUUAGACAUCUCUAAAGCUUAUGAUAGACUUGAAUGGCAGUAUGUGGAAGCAGUUCUUCUCAAACUUGGUUUUUGUAGAAGAUGGGUGAAUAUUGUCAUGGCUACUAUCAAGUCUGCUAGCUAUUCUAUUCUUAUGAACGGUACCCCAACUGGAUUUAUUUUGCCAACCCGCGGCAUUAGGCAAGGUGACCCCCUGUCACCUUACCUCUUUAUCCUUUGUGCUGAAGGCUUUUCCUUGCUGAUUUCUGCUUCCAUACAGCAUGGUACUAUUAGAGGCUUGUUGAUGUCGCCAACGGCUCCGAUCAUUCACCACUUACUUUUCGCAGAUGACUGCUUUCUUUUCGGGGAAGCCUCUGUCAGAGAGUGUCAAGCUUUCAAGGAUCUACUAUCCAUCUAUGCUCGGGCCUCUGGACAACGGAUCAAUUUGCAAAAAUCCAGUGUUGUUUUUAGUGGUAGUGUCGACUUACAGACUCGAAAUCACCUCUCUUCCAUCCUUGGUGUGACUUGCGUUAAGGAGCACGGUUUGUAUUUGGGACUUCCCAUUCAUGUAGGUCACAACAAGACAACUAUUUUCAGUUAUCUCAAAGAACGACUUACCAAGAAAUUAAUCAGCUGGAGAUCCAAGAUUCUUAGUGCAGGCGGUAAGGAGCUAUUGAUAAAGGUUGUGGCUCAAACUUUACCUAAUUAUGUUAUGAACUGUUACUUAUUACCUAAGUCUCUCUGUGACGACCUUCAACAAUUGUGUUCUCAAUUUUUUUGGGGAAGUACAAAUGAGAAGAAAAGGAUACAUUGGCGUUCCUGGGAAAGGAUGUGUGUUCCUAAAGAGGCGGGUGGCAUGGGUUUUAAGCAUCUUCACGCUCAUAAUCUGGCCAUGCUAGCCAAACAAGGUUGGAGGAUACUUUCAAACCCGGAUUCAUUGGUUGCAAGGGUUUUCAAAGCUGUGUAUCAUCCGUGGGGUUCUUUUCUUACUGCGGACAUGGGUGACAGACCAUCCUAUUCUUGGAGAAGCAUUAUGGAAGCUAGAUCGGUGUUACAAGCUGGCUUAUUUUGGAGAAUUGGUAAUGGCAUGUUUGUGAGGAUUUGGGAGGAUGAUUGGAUCCCAAAUGUACCAUCUCAUUCCAUUGCAAAACCGGUUGACACAGUUUUUGAGCUAGUCUCUGAUUUGAUUAAUGAGCAGGAGGGUACCUGGGACAUCCCCACGGUUAAUGCUUGCUUUGCUCCUGAGGUGGCUUUUCGGGUUUUCUCUAUUCCUCUAAGUAGACGUGUGGGAGGUGAUAGAACUGCUUGGAAGCUUGAUAAGCAUGGUUUUUUCUCGGUGAAAUCAGCAUAUACUAUUGCUCAAGACAUCUCUAUUGGAAAUGUCUUUGCUUCCACUUCUACUGGUGAUCCAUUCGCACCGCUUUGGAAAGCCUUAUGGAAAGCCAAUGUCCCUAGUAAAGUGGCCAUAUUUGGUUGGAGAGCUGCUCAUAACUUGCUACCUACUCGAGCUGCGUUGACUUCAAAAGGUUAUUCUGGUGAGUUGAACUGUUGUGUUUGUUCUCAAUAUGUGGAAACCCUAGAACAUUUAUUUCGAGAUUGUAGUAUAGCCAAAGAUAUCUUGGGUGCUCCCCCGUUCUCUUUUCUACCUUCUUCGUUAUCUUGGAAGGAAUGGUUUCUUGACAAUGCUCUCACUCUCUCGACUAGCUCUUUUGAUAAACUGCUGAUUUUGCUGUGGUCCCUUUGGACAAACCGGAAUGAGAAGCUUUGGAGAAAUCGCUCUCGAACCAGUCAGGGAUUGGUGGCAUCAUCUAUGGCUUGGUAUGAGGAGUACCUACAGGCCAAUACCCCAAUCAACACUCCCACAUCUGGUAGUAAGAAGGUCAGUAAGCGUUGGCAAGCUCCUACGGGCGAGACCUUGAAACUAAACGUGGAUGGUGCGUUUUUACCCAAUGUUCCAUUUGGAGGUACAUGUGGUGUUCUCCGCAAUGCUCAAGGUCGCUUUCUUGCUGCCUUCUCCCGUUGGAUGAAUUUUGUUAGUUCUCCUCUACAUGCGGAACUAUUGGCUUUGAAGACUGGCAUAGAACUGCUGCAGGCCAUAGAUGUUACCAAUGUUGUGAUUGAGAGUGAUUGUUUGAUGGCUGUACAAGCUGUUAACUCCUUGAGUUGUGACUUAUCUUCUCUACGAGCCUUGGUGGCUGAUAUUAAAGGCCUCCUUGAUGGUUAUGCUGAUAUGUGUAUUAUCUUUGCUCCUAGGCAGGCUAAUGUCAUAGCUCACAGAUUGGCUAGUCUUAGUUUUGAGUCUGAUGUACACCUUGAAUGGUUUGUGAACGCUCCAGAGUUGAUCCUGGAUGCCCUUAUGUAA